AUGACUGACUCUACAAUUUUGGACGAUAUCAACGCGGCCGAUUCGGCUAUCACUGGUGCAGACUUGUUGGUAUCGCUAGACAGAUAUACAACGCUAUUUUCUGACACAGACAUAGAAUUGCAGCUUUUGGACUUGACCCCUGGCGACAAUUUCUUUGACUCCCUCGAAGAUGAACGACACUUUGGAGCAACUGACAGUGAUAGUAAAUCAAUUGACACCGAAAGCGUUGCCUCCAUCUCUCCUCGAGUCUCAGAGGCUGAAAAUAUUCGUAUGAAAGACGCGAUCCGACGCAGCAAUUAUCGACAGAAGCGAAAAGCCGAGAAGUUCGACCUCCAAUUAAAGAUUCAGGAACUGACAAGCCAACUCACAGCGUUACAAAUGAAAAAGGAAGCAGAUAAGGCCAAAAGUGGCUUAGGAUCGGUCUCCAUGGCAGUGUGGAAGGCACUUGCUGAUCGCCACUUGCAAGCGAGACUUGUAGCAGAAGAGCAGCAACGCCGACUUCGGGAAGCGAUUGAGAGAAGGUCAGCUUUGAUUAAGGACAUGGGCGCGAUUGUCUGUCAAAGAUUAUCGCAAGAGCAUAGUGAAAGCUACGUUCCGCCUCGAAAGAAGUCUCGAGUCGAGUCACCUGACAUGAAGUUAUAUGGAACUUUUGUCAAGGAGCUGGAUGACGCAUACAUUCGAACUGACAGUAUUUUUAGCCAAUCAGAAGUACAGAUGCUGCAAACUGACGACAGUAACUACGGUAUGCGUGCAGUGCCUAAGAAAGCAAAUUACUAUGAAUUGGCGGGCAAGAAGACAACUCCGUUUCCUUUUGAGCGUGUUCGACUUUUGAUUGAUCGAGUGAGUAUUGUGGAAAAUCGUACGAGCUAUGAAAAGAUUGAUUUGUCAGAUGUUGCCGGCCACACAAGUGCAUUCAAGUGUCGAUUCGAAACUCGUUUAGGCGAUGCAGUCGGAUGUCUCAUUCAGCAUGUACUUUUACGUUAUUAUAAAGAGGCUGAUCGAGUUGUUUGCAUUUGCCGCAAAUUCACCGAAGGUGAAGGAGUGUAUGCUGGAAUGCAUGCGGACGAGACCGGAUGGAACGUCAUUGAGCGUUGCGCAAACGGAGCUGGAACUGUCAUUAAAUCUAUUUUUCGAUAUGUGCCCAUGUCUUUUAGUACAGUGGCCUCUGCUGAUGGUAAAUUGAAGAAAUUUACAGACAAAAUUAUAUCAAUUGGAGAGGAAGAUUGUCAAACCUGUGGACGCAAGUUAGAAGCACUUUUGUUAGAUGAUUCUCUUGGUGAUGCGUGCCAGCGCAGAGGUACAAUAUCAUGA